CUCCUUCGGUAGUGGUGGUGGUUGAGAUAAAUGUUAAUAUCAUCCUACCGGAGACAUAGCUCAGUCAGUUUGAGAAUAGCGCGGGACCCAAAAAGAAGCAGCUGAUAGACGAAAAGGAAAAUGUCUUUUGCUAUGAUAACGGAACCGCCCGGGCCCGAAGCCAUGGACCUGGCCGAGAAAGAACUGAGGGAAACUGAGGAGAACGUGCAAAAGGGUCUCGAGACCCUGAAAAAGCUUCUCGAAGAGGACAAAACACUUCACUACAGUACCGAUAGUGAUUUUCUCAUGAUUUUCCUCCGGCCUUGCAAAUUUUAUCCGGAGAGCGCGCUGGAGCUAAUGAGACGCGCCGCAGACUUCAAGGUGAAGCACGCGGCCCUGCUGCAUAAUUUAAUGCCGAGCGACGAAAAGGAGGCCUUCACCGAGCACAAUAUUGUUAACGUACUGGUAAACAAAGAUCAUAAAAAUCGCAGGGUAUUGAUAGUGAAUGCCGGCAAACUCUGGAAUCCAUCCAAAGUCAACUGCGAUCAGAUGUUUCGGAUGUUCUAUUUGAUACACGAAUUGGCCAUGCAGGAACCGGAGACGCAGAUAUACGGCACGGUGGUAAUAAUGGAUUUUGAUGGGCUAUCCAUGAAACAAGUGACGGGAUUGACGCCAUCCUUCAGUAUGAGACUCCUUAGUUUUAUUCAAGACGCGAUGCCACUGCGUUUAAAAGAGGUGCAUUUUGUAAAGCAACCAUUCCUGUUUAACAUGGUGUGGCAAAUGUUCAAACCGUUCGUCCGAGAGAAAUUAAGGAAGCGCAUGUUCUUCCAUGGCUCCAAAAUGUCUUCGCUUCACGCGCACAUCCCACCGAGUCAUCUGCCCAAAAAUUACGAGGGUGAAUUGGCAGAAAUAGAUUACGGCAGCGUCGAUUGGUAUCCAGUAAUGGUGUCCAAUGAAGACAAAAUUAGAGACUGGAACAGUUAUGGACGUCGCAAGAAUAACUAAAUUAAAUUUUCACGAGCUAGUUGUCGGUGUAGAAAUUGCUAAAUAUAUUUCUUUGCAACUCAAAUGGAUUCCAGACUAUAGACAAUCUAAUGUAAUAAGCAGGGUUGUGAAAGUUACUCAAAAACAUUGACAAAACGUUCCUUAGCAAUUAUUUUCUUGUAAUAAAAAUAAAAAUAUCACAUGUGCAUUUGAA